AUGGCUUUAAAUGUAGAGAAUAUCAAGAUGAUAAGGGAUGUCUUUCCUGAAGUGAGAACUCUUUAUGUAGAAAGCUUCAAGGAUGAAGGGGUAACCUUUCCCCAUAGCUUCCUUGAAAGAUUUCCCAUGUUGAAAAAGCUUUAUGUGGAGAAUAGUUCCUUUGAGAAGGUAUUCUCCCCACAAGAUGAGAUUAUCGAUUUUAUGGGGAAAAUCCCACCAUUUGAGAAAUUACACAUUGCCUAUUUGGAUCAACUCAAGAGCAUAUGGAAGGAUGACUCUCAGCUACCACCAAUUCAUCAAAACCUAAUAAAACGCUUGGAAGUCGAAAGUUGUCAUAGCUUGGUCAUGUUGGCACCCUCCUUUGCUUCAUUUCAAAAUAUGCAGAAGCUGUUUAUAUCUGGAUGCCAUCAACUCGUCUAUUUGGUGACAAGUUCAACUACCAAAAGCUUGGUGAGUCUUAAAUGGUUGGGGAUAAAUGAUUGUAAAAAAAUGGAGGAAAUUGUAUUGCAUGAGAACAAUGAAGGUGUAGAAGGUGGAAUCACUCUGAACCAAUUACAGCGGAUUGAACUUACUGAUAUGCCAAGCUUGAAGAUGUUCUCUUCACAAAGUCUGACAUUUGAAUUCCCUGAAUUAGAAGUAAUAGAAAUAACUGGAUGUCAUGAAAUGAAGAUGUUUUGUCCAGGAGCGCUCGAAACACCAGAGUUGUCUAGAGUAAAAAUAGAAGAGCAUGAGAUGAAAUGGAAGGAUAAAAAAGACCUUAACAAAACAGUAGAAAUGCUAUGCUCAGCAAAGGUAUGA